AUGGUUCUCAGCGAUGAUUAUUUGUGGUACUAUGAGUUGGAUUAUUUGGAAAUUUUGAUUGCACAUGCAUGUGCAAAGUUGAAAACUUCACAAGACGGUCAGAUUGGGAUAGUGUUAUCACCGUUGUGGUUUGAGCCUUACUCUACUUCUCUUGAAGAUAACGAAGCUGUUAAAAGAGCUCUUGCCAUUGAACUAGAUUGGCACUUUGAUCCAGUUAUCCACGGAGAUUAUCCAGAAAUACUGAAGAAGCAACUCGGAAAUAGAUUACCAUCUUUCACUGCAGAACAAUCCAAAAUGUUAAAAAACUCAUCGGAUUUUAUUGGAGUAAACUAUUAUACUGGACGCUACAUUGCUCUUCUUCCUUACGUUGACCCUGCACGACCUCGAUUCAAGACUGAUCAACAGCCAGAAUGGAGAGUAACAAACAUAGGACCAGAGGAAGAUCGAGGCAUACUCCACUCAGUACCAGAAGGUUUACGAAAAGUUCUUAACUACAUCAAAGAUAAAUACAAUAACCCUACAGUCUACAUAAAAGAGAACGGAAUUAAUGACUACGACGACGGUAGAAAGUCACGAGGGGACAUUCUCAAUGACACUUUUAGGAUAAAGUAUCACGAGGACCAUCUCCAACAACUCUACAAAGCCAUAAUAGAGGAUGGAUGUGACGUCAGAGGAUAUUACGCAUGGUCUUUGCUAGACAAUUUUGAGUGGGAGCAUGGAUACAAUACUAGAUUCGGUCUGUACUAUGUUGAUUACGACAACAAUCUCGAACGGUAUCCCAAAGAUUCUGUUAACUGGUUUAAACGAUUUCUCAAUAGACUUGACGUAAAGAGUGAAGAAAUAAAGAAGGAAGAAGUAUGGGAUGUGUCACGUAAUAAUGAGACUCUUGAUAAUGAUGCAAAAGGUUUCGAGGCAUCCGUUCGCUCGAUUAUCUAUCUCAUGACGAAUUCAUCGAGAAGAGAAGAAUCGUUGCACUUUGGAGUUUCCUUAUAA